ACUAAAGUAAGUCACCAGAGCCUAGCUGUUUAUCGUGCAGGCAAGCUCUCGGACAGCGCACAUUCACCGUUCCUCCUCUCUCUCCUUUUUCCUCCAACGAUAUUGAAAUCAAAUCAAAUCGACCACAAUGUCAGGGAAAGCCAUUGUUAUCGAUAACGGAUCUGGGACUACAAAGGCAGGAUAUGCUGGCGACGAUAAACCAAAGUUCGUGUUUCCAACCACCGUGGGUAGACCUCGUCACCAGGGUGUUAUGGUUGGCAUGGGGCAGAAGUCAUGUUUUGUUGGAGACGAAGCUCAGAGCAAGAGAGGUAUCCUUACCCUUAAUUUACCCCUCGAGCAUGGUAACGUUACCAAUUGGGAAAACAUGACGGAAAUUUGGCAACACAUCUUUAAUAAUCAGCUUCAGGUGAAGCCAGAAGAUCACCCAGUUCUGUUGACAGAGUACCCUCUUUGCCCCAAGGCAAACAGGGAAAUUAAGGCUCAGGUAAUGUUUGAGAAAUUCGACGUGCCCUCCCUCUACCUCGCCAGCCAGCCAGAGCUUUCGCUCCGCAGCGUUGGGCUUGACACAGGUAUGGUUUUUGAAACUAGUGAGGGUGUUUGUAACGCCGUACCUGUAAUCAACGGUAAGACAGACUUGAGUGCAACCAUCCGUGUGGAACUUGGCGGACGUGAUCUCACCGAUUACAUGAUGAAGAUCCUCACCGAAUCUGGCUAUUCUUUCACUACCACAGAUGAACGUGAAAUCGUAAGAGACGUCAAGGAAAAACUCUGCUACAUCGCACAAGAUUUCAACGACGAGAUGCAGAAUACGGCUCCCUCUGUCCUCGAGAAGACAUACGAACUUCCCGAUGGCCAAAUCAUGACUAUUGGUACGGAACGCAUCCGUUGCCCAGAGACCCUCUUCCAGCCGUCCUUUAUUGGAAUGGAGGGUCCCGGGAUCCAUCAACACGUCAACGACAGUAUCAUGAAGUGCGAUGCUGGCAUCCGUGAGUCCUUGUACGGCAACAUCAUUAUUUCUGGAAGCAGCGCUACACUCAAAGGAAUGGCUGACCGCAUGAAGAAGGAGAUCGGCGCCCUCGCCCCAGGCAUGACCGUCAACGUCGUCGUUCCAGAGCAGGCGAAAUACGCCGCCUGGAUUGGAGGAUCCAAACUGGCAUCGCUUUCAAACUUCAAGGAUAUAUCCAUUAGCAGGGAGGAGUAUCAAGAGUCUGGUGCAUCCAUUGUACAUACUAAAUGCUAAGAAAUUGUUUUAUUCACCUCAAUUCGCCUCUUUUCAAAAUAUCCUUAAGGCUUUGCACUAUACAUUUUAUAUAUUAUUUCAAAUGUAUUAUUUCCAACUAUUGGUAUCUGUAAGCGUUUUAAGAGGUAUUAAUUGUGUUUAUGAGACAAUAGACAAAAUGGGGAGGUCUCUUAAAUAGUUUAUUUCUAAUAAUGGACAUCUUAAUUCUUCUGGUUCUUUAAAGGUACUACAUGAUAUUAUAAAAAAUGGUAGAAACUUGGGUUUUUUUAGGGGGUGGUUACAUUACAUUACAUUUAUAUUUUUACGUUAAAUUACGUUGCAUUUUUUGUUCUCGUUACAUUACGUUACAUAUUUUUCAAUAAUACCAUCUCGCGUAUGCCGCGUCUUCAUUGCAUAACACCUUUUUAUAACGACUAUAAUACCCCAGUCACAUUUGCUCUCCGUUGGCCGCACGGCGAGUCGAGAACCAGCUUUAUAUAGGCGGUUUUAAUAAAAAUGAAUAAAACAGCUGUUUUUUGACUCGCCGUACGGCCGCCGUAGGAUAAACGUGACUGCACUGUGCUUUAACUGCACGGUCGAUGAAUGGUGCCUCGCGCAGAUCACCGUGCGGUGUGACCAUCAGUAGCGUAGGCCUAUUGACACAACAAUGUGGAUUUAAUUUUAAAUGUUUGUCUGAUUUUGUUGUUUGUCUGAUUUUGUUAUAGGUUCCGAUGUUAUAUUCAGAGAAAAAUAACAUAUGUCACAAAAUUUCCCUUUUAUUUCUUUCUUUCUUUAUUACUUUCUUUCUCUUUUCCCUUCUGUCUAGGUCUCGGAAAUUCGGGGG